CAUGAUUUCCAGCUUGACUGCACCUCAGUGAUUUCACUAAACCCUCACCGUCUACAUUCUUGAUCUGAGACCAUCCUCAAACUACCCUGUUGGUUUGCAGCUCUUCUCACCCGUUCAAUUGACUCUUUCAGAGUUUGCUGCUGCCAUCUUCCGUCCUCAGAGUCACUUCGUCUGCAGACACCCACUGAAGCCCUCCCCUUUCACCUCGGCCAACCCCGAAACCUCACUGCGCCAGAACCAGUCCUGCAGGCAACCGUUUGGCCCUUUGUCGCUGCGCGUCCUGUCCCUAUCUCCUGGCAGCUUCCACACACCUUUUUGGACCCUUCUCAGCAUUCUAUCGAAAGGCGCUGCUUCGAAUCCCAUCCUCCUCCACCCCUUUUGAAACCUAGCAGCCUCGUGACGCCGACCACAUCAUCGGCCUACGCAUUGCCAGUCUCUUACCCGGACGCCCAACUACGUCGCUCGCGCACCGUGGGGGGAUUCUAUUCUCAGGGUUGAAUUGGUUCACUCGACGAUCUUCCAAAGUGGCAGUACCUGUCGGCUGACUCAACCAUUUUCGUGGACCAUUUCCGACGUCUAUCCUAAUAGCUGGAGGAGGGGAAACACACGAUACACACACACCACCACCAUUGAAAAAUGACUUCAUCAGCUUUUCGAGAUUCCAUGAACUCGUUGGGCUGGUCUCGACGAGAGCCGGACGUCCCGGUCAACACCAGUUCCUCCACUUCUUUGCUCUCCAAGCUUAAUCCCUUCGGACGGAGUGGCUAUGUUCAACUACCCACACAUGAGUCUCCCGGAGCGCCUCUGCCCGCGCCUUCCAGGAGAGAGGAGGAAGAAGGAUGGUUCGCAUUAAGUCGCUGGGAUCGACUCCUCAUCUUUGGUGGCUGCAACCUUGCUGCACUGGCAUGUUUUGUUAUCUGUUUUGCCCUGUUUCCAGUACUAUCCUUGAAGCCAAGGAAGUUUGCCAUUUUGUGGUCGGUGGGCUCCAUCCUGUUUCUCGCGUCUUGGGCCGUCUUGAUGGGUCCGUAUCAAUAUGUGAUUCACUUGGUCUCGGGGCCUCGUCUUCCAUUUACCGCCGCAUACUUUGGCUCAAUCUUCAUGACGAUAUACUUUGCGGUUGGGCUUCACUCGACACUCCUGACCUUGAUCUCUUCCAUCGUCCAACUCGUAGCGUUGGUGUGGUAUCUCGUCAGCUACUUUCCCAUGGGGAGUCAAGGACUCCGAUUCGCUGCAAGAGUAGGCGGAGGUCGGGUAGCUGCGUGGAUGAACGACUGAUCGUCCGCACCGGCCCCUGCACGAUAGAGUGUGCACGACCACGGAAGUGGUGUGAAUAAACCAAAC